AUGCCUGGUACAGCGGGCCAGAACCCCCGUGGUCGUACCUGCAGCAAGUCAUCACGAGAAAACACCAACGACACAGGAUCAAGCCAGUUUUCAACACAAACACACAAAGAAGCAGAACGAGCCUUUGAGGAAGAAAACUCACUACCUCUUGCCUGUCCCUCACCUCCCGUAACCACGCUCAACCGCAGACCGUCCAGCAGCAAUAAGAGCCUACACAGACUCCGCUCACACCACUCACGAGCUGGAGGCGAUGGCUAUACCUGCCUCGACGCCGAACCCACCAUCCACCCCGCAAACCCAGGUCUGGGUCCCGAAGUGCCAUCGUACUUGGUGAGCUGGGACAGCGAGGCCGACCUCGAGAAUCCACGGCGGAUGAGCAAGUUACGACGAUGGGGGAUUCUGGAACCUGAGUUCCAGUCGUCGCGUCUGGUCUGCACACUCGGGCUAUCCCUGUUUGUGGCGGGACUGGGCACAGGGCCCAUGGUGCUGAGUCCGCUUUCUGAGUUUUAUGGGCGGAGGCCGAUUUAUAUUGGCUCUUUUACGUUUUUUCUCAUCUGGAUGAUACCGUGUGCGGUUGCUAGGAACAUGCAAACCAUGCUGGUGGCGAGGUUCUUGGAUGGCCUGGCCGGCUCUGCUUUUCUCAGUGUGGCUGGGGGCACCGUUGGUGACUUGUUUGCUAAGCAUGAGCUAUCAGCGCCGAUGAUGGUGUACACAGCAAGUCCAUUCGUUGGCCCCGAAGUAGGACCUCUGAUAGGAGGGUUCAUUGUUGAGCAUACUACGUGGCGAUGGUGUUUCUACGUGCUCAUCAUUUGGUCUGGAGUGCAGCUUGCCUUGAUCGUCUUUCUAGUUCCUGAAACGUACCAUCCAGUCCUGCUGCGCAGGAAAGCGAUUCGCCUGCGCAGAGAGACGGGCAAUCAGGAAUGGAUAGCGCCGAUUGAGAAGCUAGAACGAUCGGUGACCAAGACGGUGCUCUGGUCAUGCAUCCGACCGUUCCAAUUGCUCUUCUUCGAGCCCAUGUGUUUGAAUCUGUGCAUUCUUUCGGCCAUCUUACUGGGCAUUCUGUACCUCUUCUUUGGCGCUUUCCCCCUAGUCUUCCAGAACAACCACGGGUUCAGCGUGUCGCAGACGGGCCUUGCAUUUUUGGGCAUCUUCGUCGGCAUGAUUGCCGGCAUCUCCACCGACCCCAUCUGGAGGAAGAUCUAUGGAAGGCUAGUCAGACAAGGUGAAGAGCAAGGGGGCGAGCCCGGUGGUUCGGAGCCAGAAUUUCGGCUUCCUUCGACGAUGGUGGGCGCGUGGGUGGUGCCGAUUGCGCUUUUUGGGUUUGGAUGGACCACGUACUCGUCUGCUAAUGCGGGCGGCCUCUGCAGGUUCACUGGAUAG